GUGUGUGUGUGUCUAUAUGUCUGUUACGAGAACACAUUCUUCCACAGAAAAUAUUAUAUCUAGUUACGCAACCAACACUAUUCGCUUAGUGGCUCACAGACCGCUUAAUCCGUCGUUUCGUUGGCUUCCUAUGUAAAAUUACCCGAUGUAAAAUUACAUUAUUACAACAUUAAUUUGGAACCACCAAGCACUUGCACACUUCUUUAACACUUCACCGUCAACUGUACAAGUAUUAUUAUUAUUGCGGGAAAAGGAGGUGAAAGAUAUAAAUUAAAAUUCACCUGAAUUUCUGUAUAUUUUACGGGGUGUAUAUUUUAUUUUACGUUAUCUACCUGUUAUAAUUGAUUAAUUAUAACUGAAAAGGUAAAAAAAAAAUUUUUUUAAGUGUGUGCAAAAUAUUUAACAGACAACGAAAGAUUGCCAAUUAAUAAUUAUAAUUUUUAUUGCAAUAUACUUAUAAUAAUUGAUCCGAAUACAAAUAACUUCCUUACGCAAUAAACCAAAUAAUAAUAAUAAUAAUAAUAAUAAUAAUAGGUAACACUAAUUACUAAUUGGUAAUUAAGAAAGGAAGCAGUAACAAUGGCUGAGAAAGCAGACGAAGAGAAGACGACGGAUGAUAUAUGCGUUGAGAAAAAUGAAGAUUGUAGGCGAUUCCUUCGGGUACAUGGCAGUAAUGCUGAAAAGCACAGCGAUGUCAUAGUCUGUGGUGAUUUUAUGACGGCCAAGAAACAUGUUAUCUAUUUCGGUGGAGAUAUACAGGAUUAUUCUGAGAAAAUGCUUUUCCACGCCCAAACCAAAAAAUAUAACCAAUGGAACUUGGAAAACACAGCCAUACUUCUUCAGAAGAAAUUUCCAGACAGCUUUGUGUUCGUUGUGAAGCCAUCCAAAUUGAACUACGGAAUUUUCAGUGUAUUUUCUAAUUUUGUUAUUUCUAAUGAUGUCGGUGUCCCGGACCAUUCUGUCGGACAGGGUUCGUGGCAUGAGGUGGAGAGACUUUACCAUAAUACUAUUCGAGAAAUUUUAUCUCUUCAGGACGGUAACAAAGGAAUGAAUGCAGAUUGUGAUGUCCCUGUACCUGUGUGUAUUGUCGGGUUCAGCAAAGGUUGCAUUGUUUUAAACCAGCUUGUUCACGACCUGGAGCCAGAAAUGGAAUCCGAAGCAAGGAACUUUAUCAGUAGCGUCGAGACGCUCUAUUGGUUGGAUGGGGGACAUUCAGGAAGUUGUAAAAAAACUUGGGUGACAAACUCUAAAAUUUUAGAAUAUCUUGCUCAGUCGUCUCUGAAAAUUUCAGUUCAUGUUACCCCCUAUCAGCUGGAGGAUGCAACUCGAGAGUGGAUCGCAGAAGAAGAGAAACUGUUUGUUGAAAAUCUCCAGCAGUAUAAUGGCAAAGUCAAAGAAAAAGUUUACUUUUCUGGAGUACCGAGAUCCAUUGACAAACAUUUUGAGCUGUUAGUUGACUUUGAUGUAGAUCUUAUCUAGGUGUAUAUAUAAAAAAAUAUAUAUAUAUCACUGGAGUGCAGGGGUGGCUGUGUGGUAAGUAGCUUGCUUACCAACCACAUGGUUCUAGGUUCAUUCCCAUUGCGUGGCACCUU